AUGGAUGUGGACAAAAGGGUGUCUUCAUGUGAGGUUAUCAUGGAGGACACAUAUGUUGAUUGGAGAGGCAGACCCUGCAAACGUGACAAGCAUGGUGGAAUGAGUGCUGCUGUUUUUGUCCUUGGUCUCCAAGCAUUUGAGAUGAUGGCAAUUGCUGCUGUUGGGAAUAAUCUCAUAACAUAUGUGUUCAAUGAUAUGCACUUUCCACUGUCUAAAUCUGCAAACAUAGUGACAAACUUUAUAGGGACAAUCUUUCUUCUCUCUCUCCUUGGUGGGUUCUUAUCAGAUUCUUAUCUUGGGAGCUUCUUGACCAUGUUGAUAUUUGGCUUUGUGGAGCUCUGUGGUUUUAUACUACUCUCAGUUCAAGCACAUCUUCCACAGUUAAGACCACCUACUUGCAGAAUGUUAGAUGGCAACCCUUGUGUGGCAGCAAAUGGCUACAAGGCAUUCAUAUUCUUUCUUGCUCUAUACUUGGUGGCUUUGGGAAGUGGAUGUCUAAAACCCAACAUAAUUUCCCUAGGAGCUGAUCAGUUCUGGAAGGAUGAACCUUCACAAAAUAGGAAGCUUUCUACUUUUUUCAACAUUGCCUAUUUUGCCUUCUGCAUGGGUGAGCUUGGUGCACUAACACUUCUCGUUUGGGUCCAAACUAACUCCGGAAUGGAUGUCGGGUUUGGAGUUUCAGCGGCAGCCAUGGCAGUAGGUUUGAUAAGCUUGAUAUCAGGAGCAUUUAGAUAUAGGAACAAGCCACCCAGGGGAAGUAUUUUCAUCCCUGUUGCUCAGGUUUUUGUAGCUGCAAUAACUAAGAGAAAGCAAAUAUGCCCUUCAAAUACAGAGAAGCUUCAUGGAAGCCAAAACAGUAGGCCAAACCAUGUUUCAGCAACAUCAACUAAGAUCAACAGCUUCCUCCAUUCAAAAAGGUUCAGAUUCCUUGACAAGGCAUGCAUCAAAAUCCAAGAAGGAACUCAGGCCAAGGAAAGUCCAUGGAGAUUAUCCACAAUGGCACAAGUGGAGCAAGUCAAGAUAAUUAUAUCAGUUAUUCCAAUUUUUGGCUGCACCAUCAUUUUCAAUACCAUUUUAGCUCAGCUCCAAACAUUUUCAGUACAACAAGGAAGUUCCAUGGAUACCCACAUCACAAAAGAGUUGAAAAUACCACCAGCUUCACUGCAGUCCAUCCCUUACAUCUUGCUUAUCUUUUUUGUCCCUAUAUAUGAAACAGCUUUUGUACCAAUUGCGCGAAGAUUCACUGGUAAGGAUUCUGGGAUCUCCCCUUUGCAGAGGAUUGGCAUUGGACUCUUCAUUGCUACCUUUUCAAUGGUUUCAGCAGCCUUGGUAGAGAAUAAAAGGAGAAACUUGGCUUUACAUUCAAAUGAGAAGUUGUCAAUCUUUUGGAUUGCUCCUCAGUUUCUAAUCUUUGGCCUCUCAGAAAUGUUUACUGCUGUUGGGCUCAUAGAGUUCUUUUACAAACAAUCAUUGGAAGGGAUGCAAGCUUUUUUAACUGCUAUGACUUAUUGUUCAUAUUCAUUUGGAUUCUACUUGAGCUCACUCAUGGUUUCUCUCGUGAACAAAAUUACCUCAAGUUCUGGUAGCGGCUGGCUCGUUGACAAUGACCUUAACAAGGAUAGGUUGGACCUUUUCUAUUGGCUUCUUGCAUCCCUCAGCUUCUUCAAUUUCCUUAAUUAUCUUUUCUGGACAAGAUGGUAUUCUUCCAACCUUUCAGUUGAAGAGUUAUAG